GAGACUCAAACCCUCUGCUUUUGCAUCAGUGGAGGAGCCGAGAGCGGUGGCGAACGGAGAGACUGGAAAAAACUUAUGUUAGAUCAGCCAGGACUUUUCUGUUUCUCUACAUUAUUCUUUCCAUCCAUUUGACAUUUGGGGGACUCUCUUAUCCCCUCACACUGGCCGGAUUUCACUUGUGAAAGCGCUGAAUGAAAGGGAGCGAAGCAAGGAGAGAGACCCGAAGAGAUCCGCGGGGAGGGGACUAGUCUGUACGCGGAGAGGAGAGUGAGUCACCGGGCAUCGGCUGUGCGUCUUUGCGCGGUGGGGACCCGGGACCGAACCGGACUGCCCUGUGGUUCUCGCGUAAAAAAAAAGGAGGGUUUGGGGGGGGGGGAUAAGUUGACUUGCAUUUGUGGGGCUCUGGAGAACAUAAGGUGUCAUUUUGAUAGAAUCGGAGGAAGCCUAUCGGAUCGUACACUCAGCUCCGCGCAUGUUGGAAGUGGAGAGAGGAGGGCUGGAUGCCUGCGGGUUUGCGUGUCCUCAAGACGCAGCCAAGGAUUACCCCCUGCCUUAUCAUUUGACGGAGUAAGAACACAAAAAAAAGGAGUGGGUCAUUUCUUCACAUAUCUUGCGUUUUGGCUUCUUGGAGAGGAUAUGGCACGGUCGGCGCUGGAGAGAGGAGCGCAGCCGGGACAGGCGAGAGGAAACAGGAGCUGAAUGAUAGGAUGCCAGCGACCUGAGUCCGCACUCAGAUCAGUUCCGACUUCGUUAAAAGAGACACUUCUACUUUAUUUGUUGAGCUAAGAGGAGGAAAGAAGAAUACUUGCCAAAAAAAAAAAAAAAAACAGUUGGAGGAGUUUAAUUUCGGAGUUUGUUUGUAUGCGUAAUUUUAUUUUUUUGGUGAGAAAACAAGGAUGCAUUGUGGAUUAGUCUUUAUCCUGUUCAUGGGAAUCCUUUUGGUGGUCAAGGCUUUCAAAAACGAUAAAUGUGGAGGCAACAUCAGAAUCUCAACCGCCAACUACCUCACCUCGCCCGGAUACCCCAUGUCUUAUCCCCCUUCUCAGAGAUGCGUGUGGGUGAUAUCGGCGCCUGGUCCUCACCAGCGGAUCCUCAUCAACUUCAAUCCGCAUUUUGAUCUGGAGGACCGGGAGUGCAAGUAUGACUAUGUGGAGGUGCGAGACGGUGUGGACGAGAGCGGUCAGCUAGUGGGGAAGUACUGUGGGAAGAUCGCUCCCUCUCCGGUCGUCUCCUCCGGAAACCAGCUCUUCAUCAAGUUUGUGUCUGACUACGAGACCCAUGGAGCAGGUUUCUCCAUCCGAUAUGAGAUCUUCAAGACAGGUCCCGAAUGCUCCAGGAACUUCACCUCCAACAGCGGUGUCAUAAAGUCGCCCGGUUUCCCAGAAAAAUACCCCAACAACCUGGACUGCACUUUCAUGAUCUUCUCCCCCAAGAUGUCCGAGAUCAUUUUGGAGUUCGAGAGCUUCGAGCUGGAGCCUGACCCGACGCCCCCUGCUGGUGUUUUCUGCCGCUAUGACAGACUGGAAAUCUGGGAUGGCUUCCCUGGAGUCGGUCCAUACAUUGGAAGGUACUGUGGGCAGAACACCCCAGGCAGGAUCAUCUCCUACACGGGCAUCCUGGCACUGACAAUCAACACUGACAGCGCCAUCGCUAAGGAAGGCUUUUCUGCCAACUUCACUGUAAUCGAAAGGACCGUUCCAGAGGACUUUGACUGUAGCGACCCUUUGGGAAUGGAAUCGGGAGAGAUAACAUCAGACCAAGUCAUGGCCUCAUCCCAGUACAACCCCAGCUGGUCCCCAGAGCGAUCCAGACUCAACUACUAUGAAAAUGCAUGGACACCGGCAGAGGACUCAAACAAAGAAUGGAUACAGGUGGACCUUGGGUUCUUGCGGUUCGUCUCAGCCAUCGGCACCCAGGGCGCCAUUUCCCAGGAGACCCGGAGGAUUUACUUUGUCAAGUCCUACAAAGUGGACGUCAGCUCUAAUGGAGAGGACUGGAUCACUUUGAAAGAAGGCUCCAAACAAAAGGUUUUCCAAGGCAACACCAACCCAACAGAUGUUACCAAGACGAUGCUGCCCAAACCCACGCUGACGCGCUUUGUCCGGAUCCGUCCCGUUACCUGGGAAACAGGCAUCGCACUACGCUUCGAGGUGUAUGGAUGUAAGAUAUCAGAGUACCCAUGCUCGGGCAUGCUGGGCAUGGUAUCAGGUUUGAUCACUGACAACCAGAUCACUGCAUCCUCCCAUACGGACCGGAGCUGGGUACCAGAGAACGCCCGCCUGCUAACCAGCAGGACGGGGUGGACCCUGCUGCCCCAGCCCCAGCCCUUCACCAGCGAAUGGCUGCAGGUGGAUCUUGGUGAGGAGAAGCUGGUGAAGGGGUUGAUCAUCCAGGGAGGGAAGCACCGUGAGAACAAGGUCUUCAUGAAGAAGUUCCGUCUUGGCUACACCAACAAUGGCUCCGACUGGAGAAUGGUGUUGGACACCAAUGGGAACAAGCCAAAGAUAUUUGAAGGGAAUAGCAACUAUGACACUCCUGAGCUGAGGAUGGUGGAGCCCCUGCUGACCCGUUUCAUCAGAAUUUACCCAGAGAGGGCCACUCCUGCUGGCAUGGGCCUGCGACUUGAGCUCCUUGGCUGCGAGAUUGAAGCGCCUACACUCCCACCUACCACACUAGUCCCGAGCACUACUCCUUCGGACGAGUGUGAUGACGACCAGGCGAGCUGCCACAGCGGCACAGGUGAUGACUACGACGUGACAGGUGGUACCACAAUGCCAGAGACCACUACUGCUGAAGUGAAUACCAUCCCAGCUUUUCUGUGGUUUGCCUGCGACUUCGGCUGGGCCAAUGAUCCGUCCUUCUGCAGCUGGACAUCAGAGGACACUGGCUCUAGGUGGCAGAUCCAGUCCAGCGGCACCCCCACCCUCAACACUGGACCUAACAUGGACCACACAGGUGGAUCAGGGAAUUUCAUCUACACCUUAGCGACGGGCCCCCAAGAGACCGAGGUGGCUCGGCUGGUCAGCCCCGUGGUCAGCUCCCCAGACGCAGACCUGUGUGUGUCUUUUUGGUACCACAUGUUCGGGUCGCACAUUGGCACACUACAUAUCAAACAGCGCAAACAGACAGUUGACGGACCGGCUGACAUCCUGCUGUGGACGGUCAGUGGUCACCAAGGCAACCGCUGGAGGGAAGGUCGUGUCCUUGUGCCACGCACCAACAAGCCCUAUCAGGUGGUGAUCGAAGGUCUGGUGGAUGGAAAGAGCUGGGGAGACAUUGCUGUGGAUGACAUUAAGGUCCUCAAUGGACUCAGCAUGACGGACUGUAAAGAUCCUGACGUGCCCACGGAGCCGAUGCUACCAGAGGAUCGCCUCAAUGAAAUCCUUGAAGAGAUCACUGAAUACCCAGACUUUGUGGAGACCAACCAGAUCAGCGGAGCAGGCAACAUGCUGAAGACCCUCGACCCCAUCCUCAUCACCAUCAUUGCCAUGUCCGCCCUGGGGGUCUUCCUGGGUGCCAUCUGCGGCGUGGUGUUGUACUGCGCCUGCUCGCACGGAGGCAUGUCAGACAGGAACUUAUCAGCCCUGGAGAACUAUAACUUUGAACUAGUAGACGGUGUCAAGCUAAAGAAGGACAAACUCAAUGUACAGAGCUCAUACUCAGAGGCGUGAGAUGGGACUGAGUGCAUUCGUGUGACUGUAUGACGUGCAGAGCUCGCACAAGACUGGCUGUAGUGAUAUCCUCUCGUAUAUCCGCGAGUAGGCAGGCUCAAAGAACUGCCAACACCCUCAACCCGCUGGAUGAGGGACAGGUUCAGGAACCAAUGGGAGGUUUGGACUGAUCCACGCAUUUCUCAGGAGCUGCAGUAAAAAGAACCUACCAGUAGGGGACACUGUGUACAAAUAAAAUACAGGAAAAAAAAAUAUGUACAGAUGAUUUAGAUGAUAUUUUAAUUUUCUAUUUUGAUUUUCAUUCAUUUUUACAAUCGGAUGCUGGUGUUGAGACCAAUUUAUUAAUAAUGUUUAAACUAUUUAUCGUUUUCUGGGAAAGAAUUUUUUUUUUUUUAUCAGUUCAUGAAGGCUGUUGUUUAUUUUCAAGUUUUGAAAGAGACGUAUCAAAAUCGUAAAUGAACCAUAUCUGGCAAAACUGUAGAUUUGCCCCAUGGUGUGGCAUACAGGGUGUGCCCAUAACCCAUGACCCUGAAACAUGUACCCUUUCCCCUUUGACCUCUAUCACUCUAAAGUGAGGGUCCCAUUCAUGGCUAUGUAUGGUUCUGACAGUGCCUUUAGUACAUUUCGGUUGGCCUCCUCUGUUGAUCUGGGUGUUUUUACUGUACAUGGCUUAAGUUAUGAUGACAGGAAACAGGGGCACAUUACCUUAUAAAUACCUGCAAAACAGGAUAACAAUCUAUCACAGCGCUUUGUUUUUUUGUUUGUUUUUUUGUUGUUUUCUGUCCAAAAACCACACACUGUAAAUAAGUUUUAAUAUAUUUUAUUGCCCUUUUUAAAGAAAGGAAAAAAGCUGCAGUAUCCCUUUUUUCAUGGGUUUGUGUGUGUGUGUGUAAAUACAAUCUUCUGACUGUUUUGUGGAAGGUGCAGUGUUAUGGUUUUUAAUUUUAGAUUACUUUACUACUUGUUCUUUUUAGAUUUGUGUGAUGCUGAUAUUACAGCAAUUUCAAUGUGCAUUCAAGCCAUCUGUCAUCAAGGACGAAAACAGCUGACAUGAUGAACUCUUAGCACUCUUUCUCAACUAAUCUCUCAUUUCUUCAUCAUAUCUGUGCCGUGAGUUUGACUGGUCACCAGAAUAUUUUCACAUAGCUUCAUGUCGCUCAUGUCGAUGGCAGAGGAGGUGGUAAAAUAUAUAAAAUGUCUGCCAGCAUACCAAAAAAACAACAUUCAUCAUUGCUUUGCUUUAGACAUAGACUAGCUUGUCACCUCCAAACGUCACUGUGGAUUGUUCACUGAAGAAGUGCUAUCUGGACAAUGCAGCUUGAAUGCACUUUGUUACUUAUUCCCUCAUGAUAGGAGCCUAUUAAAAGAGGGGUAAACACACUAACUGAAGAAUGGUGCUAUCAUUACUUUAGCCAGACACGUUUGUCUCAUGAUAAACCCAGUUUGUAUUGUUCACAUGCUGUAUUGUAGCUUAAGGCCUCUCAGGCCGCAAAGAGUUUUAACGUAUUUCACGUGUAGCAGCCAUAACGUUGUGAUGUCAGAACUGAUGUCAUUAGGACGGGACACUGGUACAGCGGGGGGAUCGAGUGGCGUCACCUGAAUCAGGUCACCUGGCCUCCCCCUACGUGGCUUUACCAAAGGAUGGUUGCCCCCUUCUUGUUCACUGGGGCUUCUCACCAACACCCAUAAUACUAUAAGACCACAGUUCACCAAUGGUCAUCACUCACAAAAGAACUGACUACUUGCUUUGUCCUGUCAAAGCCCCCCGGAGAGAAAAUCAAGCGGGGGAAUGAGAGGAUGCUUGUAGAGAAGAGCAAAUGUGUGAUGGUCUGUUUUUCUAUCUCUUUUUAAGCUUAAAAGAAGUGCAAAUGUCACCUCAAUGUGAACUCUUCAAAUCUCUAUUGAGACUCUUGUUUGCAGGUGGAUUGAUGGGAAAAUCCCACCUUCAGACACUACGAGGGGAAGGGACUCUGUGUGAGAUUGACAGCAUCAGGACACAAAGGCCCAUGGGACCGGAACUCGGUGGUUUUCCGCACCACAAUCAAAAAAUCAAAAAUCCUGAGAAAGGUGACGUCUUUUACAUCCAUGUGCUUUGUAUGUCGUGACGUGGUGAACACAUUCUCAGCGCGUUCAUUUCCGAUUUGACCUCCCACUCCUCUCAACCUCUACACCGUUCCAUCUGCGCUUUCAGCUAUAGAGGACUGUAGCGCCAGUGACGUCUGCUAAACUAGAGAAAAAGGAUACUGUAGCGUGGACUCAAAAGAAACAAUGUUGCACUGAUAAAUAUAUUUAAGAGGUUUAUGUGUUUAUAGCGUUCAUUUGCAAAAAAAAACAGAAGAAAGUCAAAAACACAAAAAACAUGUGUUCCUUUCUUUCAUCUUUUUUUAUAUAUAUAUAUAGUUUCAGAUUAUGUGAUAUAAUUCUGAAAUGUAAAAAUAUUGAGAUGUUUUCAUUUUUGAAAAAGGCAAAAUAGAUUUUCCAGUAAUGUCCCUCCCCCACCAUUAACAUGGCAUAUUAACGCUUCGUUUUGUACUGUCAUUCCAAUUUUGUGCUGAUUUUUUUUUACAAGAACAAGAAAAGAAGACUUUUAUUUUCAAUACUGCUUCUGUAAUUUGCUGUUGUAGGGGGAAAAAAAUGAAUAAACAGCAAGGCCUUACAAAGAAAAGGAGAUAUUUGUGUUGUGAUCCAGAAUCCGAAACCUUUUUUCCUAUUCCAGUCUAUGCUAUUACAGCAAGACAGUGAUGUAAACAAGAAGUUUUUGUCUCACAGCCAUCGCUUUCCAAAGAUACAAAUAAAAGGCAUCUUCAUAUGAA